AUGCCCAUAUGCAUACCGAUACCACCAACGCCGGCUAAAGCACGACCGACGAUAAAGGCAUUGAUAUCGGGGGCGGCGCCGCACAGGGCCGAUGCAGCCAUGGACAAGACCGUGCCGCUAACGAAGAGAAUUUUGGCGGAAAAGGUACCAUAUGCUUUGGACCAGGGGAGUACGGUCGCUGCCGAUGCCAGAGCAAAAGCAGCGGCCAACCAUGGGACGAGGUCGACGUGGCCGAACGAAAGAGGCGAGCAGAGAAACGACGACCAGAACCCACUGCAGUGGAGGUUGUUAGCACAAGGUGUCAGCGCAGAGGCUGAGCUUGGUGUCCAAUGGUGCAUCAUGUAG